AUGACGAGAAAGAUUGUUCCCACAGUCUCUACCACCUCAUCCACCGACUCUGUAAAUCAAGAAUUGCUUCAAACACCCAACAAUUCUGGAAAUAUUUUGGAUAAGAAACCUGUUGCUCUUGAAGGAUGGUUUUCAUUGAGAGUGGUCAUUAUUUUAAUGAUCAUUGCUUUACUGGUGACAUGUUCAGUGUUGAUUUGGUUAGCUUCAUUUAUUGGUUCCAAUCAAACAUUUACAGAGCUGUCAAAUUCCUUAAUUUCUCAAGUUGGAAAUAAGAUUAUUGUGUACUUGAAAGGAGAAAUUUCACCCAUUUCAGGAUUGGCUAAAACGAUUGCAGAAGAUUUCAACAGUGGUGUUAUUGGAAGAAGAGCUCUGAAUUAUUUGUGGACGAAGAAUGAAAUUUAUCGCUUCUCAGGAUUUGGUGUCUAUUUUCCAAAUGAAUUCUAUUCAUACACGAAUUUGACAUAUUUUAAAAAUGGCGUUUCAAACCAACAAUUCAUCAUGUAUUAUAAACCAGAAGGUAUGAUUGGAGUAGAGGUGUGGUAUGCUAAUGAGACUGAUGGAUCCAAGGUCUCUAUUUUUAGUAAUCAGACGACACCAUUCAUUGUGUCACAAAGAGACUACUAUGUCACAAGUAUGAAAUAUUUUGAUUUGUAUCAAAGAGAUGGAGUGUAUGGGGAUACUUAUAUUGUUACCAAUAGCACCUCAGUGAUGUAUUAUUCUGCCAAGUUAUUUGAUCCUGUUUUAUACGCUGCCAAUAAGACUAAAAGCGUGGUUGGUAUUUCCAAAGUCAAUAUUUCUUUACUCUCAAUUGAACGGUUCCUUUCGUCAUUGAAGCUUCUUGGAAAUGGUUAUGUCCUGGUCUCAGAAUCCUCUGGCAUGGUUAUUGGAGGUUCUAUUAACACAACCGCUCUGAACAAGAUAUCUCGUGUCUCCUUGUUUGAGUUGACAGAUAGAAAUGCAGGAAUUCUUAUGAAAGAUAUUGCAAACAAAUACGGAGCACUAUCUAAUACCCCAGACAGUUUUCAAAUCAAUAGUAUGGGUGUCGAUUAUUUAAUUUAUCGCAUGAACUUUGAGCUUGAAAAUUUGAGUUGGAAUGUUUAUAUGGUGAUUUAUAUGGAGGACGUCACUAAAACUUCUACGAUCAAUACUGGUAUAUCAAUAGCUAUUGCUACUGUUGUCAUUUUCAUAGGUCUACUAAUGAGUAUUGUUAUUGGCUACUUAAUUACUCAUCCAUUAAGGUAUUUGAAAAACCAGUUUAUGAAAAUUAAGAAAUUCGAUCUCGACAAAAUGAGCUUCACGUCGUCAAGAUUUAAAGAGAUUGACUCGAUUUAUGAAGAUCUUCAUGACAUGGUUGCGUGGCUUAAUGAAUUCAAAAACUUCUUACCAGAGGCAAUAUUUAAUCAGUUGAGAAACAUGGAGGAAGAGGAGCAAAAUAUCAUUGACCCUCGCAAAUCAAAUACCUUGCAUGAAUCGAAUUCUAAAAUAGCAGUCCAUAAUGAGCAGCACACUAUGGUAGGAUUAAGUAGUCACGGAUUUUCAUUCUCAUCUCGUAAUGGCAGCAGUCUUAUUAAUAAGAAAUUAGAUCCUCAUGGUAAUUUAUUCAAAUUAGGAUUGAUCGAAAAGGAAGUGAGUGUUGUGACGAUCCGAAUUGUGGACAUGUUUAAAAGCGUGACAGUCUCGGAAAUCUCUCAUGUUUUUGCAAAAAUUGCCAAUGGAUUAAGUGUGGUUUCCAAGCAAGAAAAGCCCAACCUGGCAGCCAUGGAUGCAUCUCUGAAAAUUGCAAAGACUCUCGAAAGUGCUUUGAAGAAUUUCGGAAAAGCGUAUAUUUGUAUUGGUAUUGCGACUGGAAAGACUAAUAUUGGAAAUCUAGGAACAAAUCAAAUGAGAGUUUACAGUAUUGUGGGUCCAUUGAUUGAAAAUUCAAAGAAACUCGCGUCGUUGUGUCACGCUCGAAAGUGUCAUAUUUUAGCAGAUUCAAAUUCUGUCUGUGCUGAAGGAAAAAGCGCAUUCGUGGUGAGACCAGUGGAGAGGUUGUUAAUUGAGAAUGAAACCUUCCAUGGCUCUGUUUCUUCCAUUUAUGAAGUCAUGAAAGAAAACAAUUUUGAAAGAGACGAAUGGAUGUAUGAGCUAGAACAGCAAAAGACUAACAGUAGAUUCAAAGACUUUGAAGCCGCCUUUUCAAUAUUUGAAGAUCGUAAUUUGUCUUCCAUGUCAGGUAGUAUCAUUUUGGAAAGAAUCAUGGAAUCUCAAAAAAUUCUUACAACACACUUAGAAAAACACCCUGAAGAUGCUGAAUCAACUAAUCGUAUUCUCAAUAUUUUGAAGGUGUUAAAUGACAAAUCCAAGUAUGAAGGGCAUCAUUUGGGAACUGCUCUAUUGAGCUAUCAUACUAUGAUGAAGAAGAGUUUUGAUGAAAUCCUUAUUCUAUCCAAUGAAUCUCUACACCUGUCUUCUGUUGCCAUUGAUUAA